AUGGCAAUGACAAACAAUAAAACACAUUGUUUUACAUGCAAUAAAGAUAAAAUAACAUAUCCUUGUGAAGGAUGUUCACAAAGAUUUUGUUUAAUGGAUCUGACAGAACAUCAUCAAAUAUUAAAUAAUGAAUUAAAUCAUAUUAUUAAUGAUUAUAAUCAAUUUAAACACAGAUUUACUGAACAAAAGCCGAAUCCACAUGAUCUAUCUUUAUUAGAUCAAAUUAAUCAAUGGGAAAUAGAUUCAGUUAACAAAAUUAAACAAAGAGCAAAAGAGUGUAGAGAAAUUGUCACUAAAUCAUUACAAACAUGUACUAAUGAUAUUGAAAAGAAAUUUAAUGAUUUAAAUGAACAAAUAAAACAAUUUCACAAUGAAAAUGAAUUUAAUGAGAUAAAUUUGAAUUAUUUAAGAAAUGAAUUAAUUAAAAUUAGGCAAGAAUCAAAUAACCCAUCAACGACGUCUAUUCAGCAAGAUUCUCAAUCAUUUAUUAAUGAAAUUUCAAUUAUUUCAUUAGAAAAAAAACCAAAAUUGAACAAAUGGAAACAAAGUGCCAUUACUGUGGCUGGUGGAAAUGGAGAAGGACAACAAUUAGAUCAACUCCAUAGCCCUCGAGGAAUCUUUAUUGAUAAAAAGAAAAAUAUUUCCAUUGCUGAUUGGACGAAUCAUCGUAUAGUUGAAUGGAAAUGUAAUGAAAAGGAAGGACAAAUCAUUGCAGGUGGAAAUGGACCAGGACAUCGAAUGAAUCAAUUGUAUUAUCCAUCAGAUGUGAUUUUUGAUCAACAAAAUCAUUCGAUCAUCAUUGCUGAUCGUGGACACAGAAGAGUGGUUCAAUGGUUAAAUCAAAAUCAACAAAUUCUCAUUAAGAAUAUUCAUUGUUGGGGCUUGGCAAUGGAUAAACAUGGAUCUCUUUAUGUAUCUGAUUAUCAGAAGAACGAAGUGAGACGAUGGAAAAUGGGUGAAUACAAUAAAGGAAUUGUAGUGGCAGGUGGAAAUGGUGAAGGAGACGAACUCAAUCAACUCAAUUAUCCUACUUUUAUCUUUGUUGAUGAAGAUCAAUCUGUUUAUAUAUCAGAUAGCAACAAUCAUCGUGUGAUAAAAUGGAGAAAAGAUGCAAAAGAAGGAACAAUUGUGGCUGGAGGAAAUGGUCAAGGAAGAAAUCUCAAUCAAUUGUCUUAUCCUCGAGGAGUAUUUGUUGAUCAUGUGGGUCAAAUCUACGUGGCAGAUUGUGAUAAUCAUCGAGUAAUGCGUUGGUGUGAAGGAAAAGAAGAAGGUAAAAUUGUUGUUGGUGGAAACGAUCAAGGAAAUGAACCAAAUCAAUUGAAUUGUCCUUAUGGUUUAUCUUUUGAUGAUGAAGGAAAUCUUUAUGUUGUUGAUCGUGACAAUCACAGAAUUCAAAAAUUUGUAACAGUUUUGUGA